AUGGCUUGCUGGCGGCUGCUGGCAGUAUCCGGAGCCCUCCUUGGGUGUGCGGCCUUUUUCCUCAGCAGCAGGUACAAGCUUGUGCUUUUCAAAGUGGCCCAUGCAGCUGAGCGCGAGCCCAGAGACACCCAGGCAUUCCACCCGUCCGAGACGGAAAAAGACGACUACUCUGCAACACGCGCCGGAGUGCAGGGCGCUCCAGUGGGCAAGGCGUCGAUUGACGCCUUUCUCGCACGCGCUCACGUUUCAGCUCCUGUUGCCCAGACGACACCCACGUCCACGCCCACACCCCCACCCACACGCACACCCACACCCACAACCACACCCACACCAGCGUCGGGCCCGCACAGCCAUGAAACUUGUCCGGGGUUGACUCGAAGCACAAAAUGCAUCGAUUCCUCCUCGCACUUGCUUCCGGAGAAGAAAAGUUCGUAUAAGAUUCCAUCCGACCUAGCCGCCAUGCUUGCUCCUGAGAACACAGUCCAAGUGCAACAGAAGCUCAUCAACAGCGACAUUUGCGUGAUUGCAAUGGGCGAUUCAACAUUGGAGGAGACUGUGGAGGACAUCGGGGCCAUGCUAGGCGAAGUUGACGGCACGAGGAAGAGUGCUGAGGAGAUCUGGAAAUGGAUCGAUACUUGGAUGAACGCGACGGUGUCCCAGUCUAAGCCUGGGGCACAUUUCGAUGCACCCCUCUUCAGAGCUUCGUACUUUCCGAAUCAUCGCAAAAUGUCGAUUGUUGCGCGUGGUGGACGUUUUGUUCUGUAUUACCGCUUCAUCGGGCAUCCUGAAAUAGACAAAAACUGGAUGGGUUUGAGAAGUUUGCUCAACGAGCCUUUGCGGGAGGAGAUUGUGAGCGGCGCGGACAAGUGGUGCGGCAAUCUCAGGCGGGUCGUGUGGCUGCAAGUGGGGUACCAUGAGAAAAGGCAGGAGCGCAAACAUUUCCACAAGAGCGGACUGCCGGACGUCUACCGGAAGGUGCUUCCCUGGGUGGAGCAGUUGGCGCCAGAGCGCUACUGGCUGAUGCGCCAAGGCGAAGAUCUGGAUCAGCUCAACCAAUGGCUUCGCGCAGAGCUCCAGAAUCCGAGCCGAAACCACAAGAAUUGGUCCAUCAUGGACUACAAGGUUCCCUGGGCCUGCGAGAAGCGGAACAUCGAACAGGUACGUGCGCACACGGGCUCUAUAGAGAGGUGGUGGCACAGCAGAAAAACUCUGGACAAAUACCCAGACUACUACCUGAGCAUGCUCCGCACCAUGAAAAUUGUCCAGCACAUGCUAUGCUAG